AUGGCGGCUAUAUCCUCAUAUUGCAUCUGGAAACUCUACGACACUUUGCUCCGACGAUGGUUUGAUGCUCUUGAUGGUGACGGGGUGCCGGUGCCAUCACGCGAACCGGCAUGCCAGGAAGAAGCACUGCUUCAGCUCCACCAUCAGACUCCGUGUCACAUCCAUGAGGUCCUGCGCGAAUUCUCGAGCGACGAAAUCGAGGCCAUGACGCAGGACUUCGGGAGCAUGAUUGGGCGAGGCGGCUCCGCUCAGGUCUUCCGAGGAAGCCUCGACGACGGCACGCCCGUCGCCGUCAAGAGGAUCAACAUCGACAGCGGUCACACCGUGGCCGGCGAGGAGGACUUCCGGAGAGAGCUCUCCAUCAUCGCCAGCGUGCACCACCGCAGCCUGGUGCGCCUCCUCGGCUACUGCCUCCAGCACGGCGGGGGCGGCCUCUACCUGGUCUACCCCUUCUUCGAGAACGGGUCGCUCUUCCACAGAACUGAGGAGCAGAGGCGCCUCAUGACGUGGCCCAAGCGGGCGCUCGCGUACCUCCACAACGAGUGCCACCGGCGGAUCCUUCACCUCGACGUCAAGCCGGGCAACAUCCUGCUCGACGGCGACCUCCGCGCUCACGUCUCCGACUUUGGCGUCUCCCUGUCCAUCACCCGGGGCCUCAACAGCGUCAUCAACACGCGCGGGAGGGGCAAGUUAGGGUACAUGGCGCCGGAGAUGCUCGUCAACUCGGUGUCCGACAGGUCCGAUGUGUUCAGCUACGGCAAGACGCUUCUCGAGCUCGUCGGCGGGCGCCCGAACUACGUUGCCCCGCCGGUCCCGUCAGCAGACGACGCUUCAUCAUCAGCCACGCCGGACCUCAAGCGGGACUACUUCCCGUAUAUCGUGACUCGUGAGGGAUAUGAUGACGCGAGGCGAGCUCCUGAAGGCGGUGGACACGGCCAUGGCGCAUGA